AUGGCGUCUGCCGUCAUCCCUUGCUCUGCAUCCACCAUGACGUUCCUCGCUUCGCCGCGCCCUCCCAUUCGCUUUUCACCUUCACCUUCUCCGCAGCUGACGCGAAUCGCCGUGCGCUGCGCGUCCCAGCGCGAGGACGAACCCAUGAGGCGGCGACACGUCAGCCGACGCGAGAUGCUGUUUGUGUCUGCGCUGCCCGUAGCGCUAGCGGCAGCGGGGCCGAUCGGCGCGGCCGUCGCAGCUGACGGCGACAAACCUGCGACCGUGGCGACAGCACCACCGCCCGGUGACAUCCCUUUCGUUCAAGAGCUGCUGGAGAGGUCGCGGGCCAACAAGGCCAAGUACGACGAGGAGCGGCUGAACGACUACUACCGGCGCAACUUCAAGGACUACUUCGACUUUGUUGGGGGCACACUGCAGGUGAAGAGGGAGGACAAGCUGACGGACAACGAGAAGGAGAUUCUCAAGUGGAUUGAGGCCAACAAGUGA